CAGCCUUUGCCUUUCAUCCCUCCGUUCACUUCUCUCGCUGGGCGGCAGGACUCAUCCCGCACCUCCGCAAAUCCCAGCGCGAUGCCGAUGCCGCUCAAGAAACCCGACCCGAGGAAGGAAGCAGCCAAAGCAGCUCCCGGCUCGGAGCCUGCCUUCGAUCCCAAGAGCGUGAAGAUUGAAUUCACGGCAGAGCAGAUUGAAGAGUUCAGAGAAGCCUUCGGGCUGUUUGACCGGACGCCUGCGGGGACGAUGCAGAUCAGCUACGGGCAGUGCGGGGACGUCCUCCGCGCGCUCGGCCACAACCCCACCAACGCAGAGGUCCUCAAGGUGCUGGGCAAGCCCAAACCAGAAGAAAUGAACACAAAGAUGCUGGACUUUGAGACCUUCCUCCCCAUCCUGCAGCACUUCACCCGCAACAAGGAGCAGGGCACCUUCGAGGACUUUGUGGAAGGGCUGCGUGUCUUCGACAAGGAGGGCAACGGGAUGGUCAUGGGGGCCGAGCUGCGCCACGUGCUGGUCACGCUGGGAGAGAAGAUGACAGAAAGCGAGGUGGAGCAGCUCAUGGCAGGGCAGGAAGAUGCCAAUGGCUGUAUCAACUAUGAAGCUUUUGUCAAGCACAUCAUGUCUGGCUGAAAUGAGAAACUUCAGGCUCUCAGAAAUGCUUGAACCCACCUGAGCACCAUGAAGAGCAAGAUUCCUCCAUGCCUGUCCUCUCCCUGGGAUGUUUUGCCUAAGCCAUCAUUGGCCACCACCUGUGUGUGCCUGGGCCUGGUACUCAGUGACAUAUCUGCAACUAGGUUUUAAACCUCAAGUUUCUCUUGUCAGGUUUUCUCUGUGACAUUUGUCUCAUUAAAUUUCAUUCCUUCCUCCCUUAAA